ACACCAUCACCACCACCAUCAUCAUUAUUAUCAUCGUCGUGAUAAUCACAACAACGUCUUUACUUACCUAAGUGGAGUACGAGGAAGAGGAGGAGGAGAAGCGAGGGUAGGAGGAAGAGGAGGAGGAGGAGACAAACGGAGAAGGAGUUAAUCUUAAACAUUCUGUUACCAUCAUACAAUUACCAGCGACGCGACAAUAACAACAAAAACAACUGCUACGAGUCACCACCACCACCACCGCCAACAACACCGUUUCUGUUACGGUUUGAGUUCAGGAUUUUGAUUAACGACGGCAACAACAACCAGAAGAACAUUUAAAACACAACAACAACAAACGCAAACCAAGCAAUCUGUGUUAUUGUUGAAUAUAUAUAUAACAUAGUAGAGGAUAUAGUAAUAUAUAUAAUAUAUAUAAUAUAUAUAUAUUAUAUAUAUAUAUAUAUAGUACAUGGUUGGUGGUUGUUGGCAGCAGCGCCAGCAGUAGUAGACGUAGUACUACUGCUGCUCUGCUGCGACGGUGGCUGCUUCUGCAGUGGACGAGCAGUGGAGGUGCGUACCAGUUGAGGAGGUGGCGGCGGGCGGCAGCGGAGGUGUAGCCGUUGUUGUAGUGGUGAAGAAGAAGAAGUAGAUAGAUGGUGGUGGUGGUAGCGGUGGUAUAACUACUACUGCUGCUGCGCUGACUACUGCUGCUGCUGCUACUGGAGGAAGUAGUAAACCAAACAUUUCGGGACACACCACGGAUUUCUAACUCCAACAUGUCGUCGCCUAGUCCAGGCAAGAGACGGAUGGACACCGAUGUGAUUAAACUUAUCGAGAGCAAACAUGAAGUGACUAUCCUCGGUGGACUGAAUGAAUUUAUAGUCAAAUUUUAUGGGCCAACUGGCACACCUUAUGAAGGUGGAGUCUGGAAGGUAAGAGUGGAUCUUCCAGAGAAAUACCCGUUUAAGUCUCCCUCUAUAGGUUUUAUGAACAGAAUAUUCCAUCCUAACAUCGAUGAAGUGUCGGGAACGGUGUGUUUGGAUGUCAUUAACCAAGCGUGGACCGCACUAUAUGAUUUGUCCAAUAUAUUUGAGUCAUUCUUGCCACAGUUAUUAACCUACCCCAACCCUAUUGAUCCUUUGAAUGGUGAUGCUGCAGCCAUGUACCUGCACAAACCAGACGAAUACAAGAAGAAAAUUCAAGAAUACGUGAAGAAAUAUGCAACAGAAGAAGCCCUUCGUGAACAGGAGCACACAUCGACUUCAACAGAGAGCUCUAUGAGUGACUUCUCCGAAGAUGAAGUACAGGAUAUGGAACUGUAACACAGGCUCAGUGACUGGGGGAGGUGGAGGAGGGAGGGAGAGGAGAAGGAGGAGGAGGAAGAAGAAGAGGAGUUGUUGUUGUUGUUGUUGAUAGUUCCUUGUUGUUGGGUAUUUUUUUAAAAAUCUUCACACA